AUGGCCAUCCCCCGGCGUGGGCUGCUCGAUGAGCUCCGCUCCGUGACCCGAGCCGCGACCGGGGCGGCCACACCGUCGAAGGGCCCCGCGCCGGCCGGCAACGCCAAUGACCUGGCCCCCUACACCCCGGCGUCCGAUGCCUUGCUUGGGGACAUUGCCAAAGUGGUGUACGAGGCCCUCCAGCCAGGCAGCGCCCUGUUGGACUUUGGCUGCGGCGAUGGUCGCGUCCUGCGGGCGGUGGCCAAACACGCGGGGGCCCUCGCCGGCCAUGAUGUGCCCCAUCUGCUGGGCGUUGAGUCCGAUCCGCAGGCCGUUGCGCAUGCGGUGGAUCUGCUCGGCCGGCAGGCGGAUCCACCGGUGCCUGCCGGGCGGGCGCAUGUCUGGUGGGAUGAUGGCAGCCUGGAUCGAGCGUCGGCCGAGGAGGGCGCCCCUGGGGCCGGGUGUGUUGGCCUCGGCGCGUGCAGCCUCUGCCAGGCGGGAGGGGCACCCUCGCCGACCCCGGCGCGCCUCCCCUGGUCGCAGAUCUCGGUUGUCUUUGUGUACCUCUCGCCCAAGAGCAACCUGCAGAUUCGCGAGCGUCUGGUAGCCCGGCUGCUGGGGGCCGGGCCGCCUGCGGACCGGGCCCGGACGAUUGUGUCGCUGCGCUUUGGCCUCGGCGACCGGUGGCCGGCCAGCCAUGUGCGCACGCUGGCCCUGAUCGACCCGGUGGCCGGGGAGAAGGUCCCGCUCUAUGUGUACACCGUGGACCCGGCCAUUGGGCGCCUGAGCACCGGCCAGGCCUCCCCGGAGGAGCUGCUUGCCCUGGGACCGGCGGUCGAUGGGGCGGCCGCGCCGCGGAAUUGGAAUGCCGAAGAUGAGCAGCGGGAACUGCUCCAACGCGUUCUUGGAGUCCAGUAG